UUGAAAGGGUGUAUUAGCCUUGUUUUUCUUCGAUCUUCUUCUUCUUGUUCUCUUGCUUCCCCCUUUUUUAUUCGAGGAGGGGGGGGGGGGGUAUAUACUUCGUUGGAUCAGUCUUGAGAGUUGAAUCCCUAUGAAAGUACAAUAUUUUGUCUUUUGUACGUUUGUUUGUUUGAUAGUGAUCAUCAUUCAGGAUGCGUUUCGACGACAUUCUUGGUGAGCUGGGCUCGUUCGGUCCCUAUCAGAGACGCGUUUAUCUGGCCGUAUGUUUGAUGGCAGCUACCACCGCAUUUCACUCCAUGACACAGGUUUUUAUAGCUGGGACUACAGAUCAUUGGUGUACGGCUGAAAACUGGGAGGAUGAGAACUGCACUGAGUGGAAUUUGUCUGUUGAGGAGUGCGAGGAGGCGAAGAAGAACGGUAGUAUCCCAGUCAGUUACGAGGACGACGGGAAUCUCGUCUACGAUCAAUGCUACAUGUAUAACAUCACAGGCGUGGAUUUUGACCCAGCAUACGACUCGUCGAUGAAUGGUACCGCCGAGACUUUGCCGUGUCAAGAUGGUUGGGAACACGAUAAGAGUCAACUGAAGUCAUCCAUCAUACAAGAUUGGGAUCUAGUAUGUGAAAAGAAAAACUUGCCCGACUACGCUCAGUCUGUGUUUUACUUUGGUUAUAUGGUUGGAUCUAUCUUCUUCGGAGUCCUUGCAGACAAAAUUGGGCGAUAUCCUACUCUGUUCAUUUGCCUUGGUGUCCAGGCUGGUGUAGGUGUACUCGUCGCUUUCUCACCCAACUACUGGGUGUAUAUUGUCCUUCGAUUCUUCCAAGCGGCUGGCAACAAGGCUGUUUUACAAGUUGCAUUCAUCAUAGGUGUUGAGUUUGUUGGACCAAAAUGGCGGACGGUGGCCGGUAUUACCAUCCAGAUUUUCUUCGCCUUCGCCUACAUGCUUCUUGCUAUCAUCGCAUACUUUGUCCGGUAUUGGAGGACUCUGCAACUCAUCAUCUCUGCUCCACUGUUCCUUUUCUUCUUGCUCAUGCCCUUCGUACCAGAAUCAGCGCGCUGGCUUCUGUCUCAUGGUGAUAGCAAGAAAGCCGAGAAGAUAAUUCACAAAGUCGCCAAGGUCAAUAAAAGAAAACUACCUGAUCCGCUCUUCACAGAAGAAGAAAUAAAAGAACAGGAAGCCGUUAGUUUAGAGCCAAAAGCGGGCAUCUUCGAUCUCUUCCGAACACCCGUACUUCGUUGGAGAACCAUCAACUUCAUCUAUAACUGGAUGGUUAAUAAUAUGGUGUACUAUGGAUUGACGUAUAGUACUGGUGACCUCGGGGUCAAUGUCUACCUGAACUUCUUCCUGUCUGGAGCAGUCGAGAUCGUCGGUUACCUCUGUGCCAUAUUCGCCAUCGAAUCCUUUGGUCGUCGCCCUAGUAUUGCUACUUUCCUUUUUAUUGGUGGAUCUGCAUGUCUCAUCAACAUUGGUCUACCCAUUGGUACCUGGAACACAGUGGUUGCCCUGACAGGGAAGUCAUCAAUAUCGGCUUCCUAUGCCAUAGUCUACGUUUACUCAGCAGAGUGUUUCCCAACGCCUGUCAGGAGCAUCGGUGUCGGGACCUGUUCCAUGAUGGCACGCGUGGGGGCCAUCAUCUCACCCUUGAUUCUCAUCCUGGGGGACUACUAUUACCCCGCCCCUCUCAUCAUCUUUGGCACCACCACCAUCUUGGCUGGUUUCCUCUCCUUCCUCCUCCCCGAGACGCGCGGCAAAAAACUUCCCGAAACCGUCGAGGAAGGGGAGAUUUUCGGAACGAAAGUAUACGAUGACAAGAUAGCAGCUGACGAGGCCAAGAAGAAGGAAAGAGAUGACGUCACUGAAAUACCACUCGAUGACGUCACUGAAAUACCACUCGAUGACAUUAACGAUGGAAAAGCACACACGAACGAAGCUUUUGAAUCUGAUAAUCGUGUUUAGACGCCGACGUGUGAUGCCCGUUAUACAUGGGGGAUCAUUUUUGUUGACGUAGGCCGGCUAUGUCAGAGACAGGCGAAUAGUCUUUGACGCCCUAAUUUGAGAAUGAAAUGGCAUAAUGAUGAUGAUAAUAAUAAUAAUAAUGAUAAUGAUGAUGAGAACAAUACUUUUGAAAAGGGCCAAUUUUAAAGGAUGCACACGUUGCGUUUAAUCCGUACACGUAUUACGUUUCAAUCACUGAUGCAUGUGCUAAUUGCCUUGACGUACGACAGACUUGAUUAGCACAGAUAAUAAAGAAAUCGAAUGACGUCUCGUGUCCAAUUUUUAUAACUCCCGUAUACUUGUAUAAGUUUUCUGUGUCAGACAUAAUUUACAUCAACAUAUUUUCAUUUUCAUUUGCAUUUUCAUCAUCAUUAAUAUCAAAAUCAUCACCAUUAUCAUCGCAAUUUGAAUUGGGGCCUCAAAAUGUAAUGAAGAUAUAGAAUGAGAAGGAAGACAAGUGAAUUUUGUACAUAAUGAUUUUUUUUUUCUUUAUCUUGGUGCUGACUUUCAGGUUGUUAUUGACAAAAUACCAGGUUAUAACUAUGAUAGAAAAUUUGACAAAGAAAAACGCCAGAUGAUUUCUUGGAUCAAAAGGAACAUUACGGUUCUUGGAAGAGUUACAGCUGCUAAAUCAUUACUGUUACUACAGUUUAAUCAUCUUUUUAUGGCAAUCCCAGAUCCUUCAGCUAAGUUUAUGAAAACCAUAAAAGUUAAGUUCUUUAACUUAAUAUGGAAGAAUAAGCCAGAUAAAAUUAGUAGGAAACAGGUUGUUGGCACAUAUGAAGAAGGGGGACUUAAAAUGCCAGAUAUUGAGUUUUUUAACAUGCUACUAAAGUUAACAUGGUAUCGAAGAAUGGUUUUAGGAACAUGUAAUGAUGUUAGUCAUUUAAUGCAAUCGUUUUUAACAAAACUAUUCGUAGUAGGGUUUGGUGAUAAAUAUUUUUUGGCAUUGUCUCAUGAAGUUGCUAAUCCUUUUUGGAGACAUGUGUUUCACGCUCUGUCUUUGUUGAGUCGUAUAAAG